AUGGCCGCAGACAACCGCACGGCCGUGGAAGAGUUUGUCCUGCAGAGCUUCUCACAGGCCCCUGGGCGGGGUCUCUUCUUGGCCUUGUUCCUCCCCCUGUACCUAGGGGCUCUCGCAGGAAACACGCUCAUUGUCGUGGCCAUCAGCCUGCACCCGGGCCUCCACACCCCGAUGUACUUCUUCCUCACCAACCUGGCCGUCCUGGACACUGUCUGCACAUCGACUGUUCUCCCCAGAUUGCUGGAGAACCUGGUGGAGAAGGGUGGCACCAUCUCCUAUGGGGGCUGCAUGACCCAGCUCUUCUUCCUGACGUGGUUUCUGGGGGCCGAGCUCCGGCUGCUCAUGCUCAUGGCCUAUGACCGCUACGUGGCCAUCUGCCGCCCGCUGCACUACCGCAGGCUGAUGAGCUGGCCUGUCUGCGCCCUGCUGGCGGGCGGCGUGUGGAUGGUCAGUGCAUUCAGCACCUCUGUGCUCACUGGCCUGAUGACAAGGCUGAGUUUCUGUGGCCCUAAUCAGAUCCGUCACUUUCUGUGUGAAGUCCCCACGCUGCUGCUGCUCUCCUGCAGCCCAACGACCCUGAAUGACAUCAUGAUCGUCAUCGCAGACGUCUACUUUGGCGUGGUCAACUUCCUGCUCACCCUGGCGUCCUACGGCUGCAUCAUCGCCAGCAUCCUGCGCGUCCGCUCAGCCAAGGGCCGGCGGCGGGCCUUCUCCACCUGCUCCUCGCACCUCCUGGUGGUCACCUUGUGCUACUCCACCGUCGUCUACACCUCCAUCCUCCCGGGCUCUGGCUCCUCCAUGGAAAACGGCAAAGUGGUUGCCUUGCUGUACACAGCAGUCAGCCCCACCCUGAACCCCCUCAUCUACUCUCUGCGGAACAAGGACAUCAAAGUGGCCCUCAGGAGGGUGCUUCCUGCGUCCGCUCUGUCUGUCCUUCAGCUAAACCUGCUGCUGCUGCUGGACAACCAGUCCCUGGACGCUUACCGCCAAGCACCAGCCCCUGUUCCAGCCAGGAAACACCCGCAGGUGCUGGUCAGCUUCUCUGGAGAGUCCUGA